GUGAAGGUGGAAGAGAUACAAGUAGAACCCCCCAAAUCGUUUGAAGUUAGAAUUAAGAUGCUAUGUGCCAGUUUGUGUCACACAGAUGUGCUAUGCUGCAAAGGAUUUCCAGUUCCUUUGUUCCCACGAGUUCUUGGACAUGAAGGUGUUGGCAUGGUGGAGAGCAUUGGAGAAGGAGUUACAGAGGUAAAGGAAGGAGAUGUUGUGAUUCCAACCUACCUAGGAGAGUGCAGAGAAUGUGAGAAUUGUAGAUCAGGUAGGACAAAUAUGUGCCAAACCUACCCAUUAGCAGCUUUCAGUGGUCUAUUACCAGAUGGGACAUCAAGAAUGUCUAUCAGAGGCCAAAAGCUUUAUCACUUUCUCAGUUGCUCAACAUGGUCUGAGUACACUGUUGUUGAUGCUAACUAUGUUGUCAAGAUUGAUUCAAGGAUACCUCUCCCACAUGCUAGCUUUAUCUCCUGCGGCUUCGCCACCGGAUUUGGGGCAGCCUGGAAGGAAGCCAAGCUUCACAAGGGAUCAACCGUGGCUGUUUUGGGUCUGGGUGCUGUUGGAUUAGGGGUGGUGGAAGGAGCUCGAUUACAUGGGGCAGCUACAAUAAUUGGCAUCGACAUCAAUGAGAAGAGACGCGAUAAGGGGAAGGCAUUCGGAAUGACUGACUUUAUAAACCCUAAAGAUUCUGAGAAGCCUAUUUCGGAAAUGGUGAAAGAGUUGACACAAGGUAAAGGAGUGGACUACUGCUUUGAGUGUUCUGGGGUUGCCAAAUUGGUGAAUGAAGUCCUUGAAUCCACAAAAGUGGGAAUAGGAACAGCAAUACUACUUGGCGCAGGAACUCAGAAAAGCAUUGAAAUUGACUUCAUCCCACUUCUUUCUGCUAGAACGCUCAAGUAUUCUGUUUUUGGUGGGAUAAAAAUCCAAUCCGAUCUUCCCAUUAUCGUUGACAAAUGCAUUAACAAGGAAAUCAAAAAACUUGAUGAGCUUUUGACUAAUGAAGUUCAAGUGGAGGAUAUAGACAAAGCAUUUGAGCUACUGAAGAAACCUGAGACUCUCAAAGUCGUCAUCAAGUUUUAAUUCUAUCUUAAAGGCAACUAAAAAGUGUCAACGAUCUUGUAACAUCUUUGUAUCGUUAUCACAUGUAUCUUUAAACCAAAUAACAAACUUGCUUGAAAACAACUUCUCACUAGAUGAACAUCCAAUUCAUUAAAGCGGCACACGCCUAUUUUUGAAGGGUGUGUUCCCAUCGGAACUGCCCCAUUUCUGUUACU